CCAUUGAAAUCACGACCAUUAACACCAAAUUUACAAUUUUCUCCACAUUCACCUAUAUCACCAAAGACAUUUUCAUUGCCGGCAUCACCUAUUUCUCCUAAAAGUUUUUCAAGACCAUUAAGUCCAUUAAAAAGUCCAAUAAAUCCAUCUAAAUUGCUGCGCCCUGGUUAUACGCGUCAUCAAACAACACCGGUUGUAAAUCCAUCAUCAACAAGAAGUACGAUAGUAGAUAAUGAAAAAAUACGAAAAAUGCAAAAACUUGAAGCAAUUAUAGCAGAAACGGAAGCAAAUAAUAAAAAUACACCAAAAAAUACACGUCCAAGUAAAAUACGUGCAUUUAAGUCCGCAAAGAAAUCGACAACAAUUGAUACGUCACCGGCAUCAGCAAUACCAGUUCCGGCUACAAUUAAUUCUGUUAAAAGAAAUAUCACAACAGCUUCAUCAUCAGAUACAACAUUGACGAACAUGAUAGGUGGUAAUGAUGGAGAUGAGGUAAAGACGAGAAAGAUGAGCUCACAAAGUGAAAUCAUAAUAAGAAAUUCAGCCAAUUCUGAUACGAUACAUUUUAAUCCUAAAGAAAAUACUGGUCAA